AUGAAAUUCAUCUCACUCACCUCUUUCAUCGUGUCUGUCGCGGUGAUGACUGGCGUGGCUACCGCGUACAACCCCAUCGGCCAGUCUUGUGACACCCCCGAUGUUUCUGACUGCGGACAGGACGCGAGCCUGAACGACGGGAAUCCGUUCGUUUAUGAAUGUUCACCAACCGCAUACGAGUACGUGUACGUUGUAGGCUGCUCCUGCCCCACUUGCUGUAUCACCACACAAUUUGGUGAGGCGUACUGCAUUUGA